UAUUAAGUCAGGGCCUUAAAACCAAUAAUUAAGUAACAUAUGUUUAGAACAGUCAAGCACCUGAAGUGUUAUCUAGUAAAGCCCUUGAAUUGUGCAACAAUACCAGUUCACUACCAGUGCAAUAUUGGCUGCCGAGAAUCUGCUACGAGAAAAUUUAGUUUCGUCGACUGAGAGAUCCCUGAACUCAAAGAACACUGAAGAACAGAGCCCACGUACUUUCAGAGCUAUCAUGGGUGCCUCCUACUGAUCGACUGUGAUGGACGAACAACCUUCUUCGGAUGUCAAGGCACAGCGGAACAACACGUCUGACAACAAACCAUCCGAGGGGGAGAAGGCCACCAAGCAACAAGUCAAGAGGGUACCACCAGAUGUACUAUGCUCCUGUCCACAAAGAUGCGACACUCGGGUUCCAGCAGAGUCCCGGACGAAAUUGUAUUCCCAUUUCAGCAAGCUGGGUGAUCAUGCCACACAGAAUGCUUACCUCCAAUCAUAUAUUGAGAUGAGAUCGGUUUACAGAAGGUUAUGGGCUGAAGAGGAGAAAGUGAGGGGACGGUUACCAAGGAGAGUAUCUUGCAAAUACAGGAUACCUAUCUCAGAGAUGCCCCCUAUAGAAAAUGUUGAUUUUCCCAAACCUAAACUUAUAACCAAUUCUAAAGGUAAGGAGACAUUUGUCAUGACAGCACGAGGCAAAGGGAAAACCAUUGAAGUGUGUCAAAAAGCAUUUAUGAAUGUUUAUGGUAUAACUGAAAAGAGAGUAAGACUUCAAAGAGAAAAGCUGAUUGAUCGUUUGAGGAAUAGAUCACCGCCACCUUUAUCACCGAUCCAUCAUUACAUGGAUGAAGACCUGUCCAGCCAGAUGGAGGAAGGGGAAGAGGAUGGUACGCUAGCUGUAGCUAUAGUCGAUUCUUUCUUUCAAAACCAGCUUUGGAAACCUGAGUAUAUUGGCAUGGGGAAAGAGAAAAUCGAACACAUAAAGGCCUAAAAUAUUAAUAUGUGUGUUAAACAAAUAUUCUAAGUGAAGAUAUAACCAAAGAGUCUGUACUUAAUGCAGGGUUAAUUUUACCAUUAAUAUAUAGUGAUUUGAAAUCUUCCAAUUAUGAAAAUCUAAAUGUGAUCAUGAGCAUUUUAUAUUAUUACUUUUAAAAUGGGAUAGACGUAAAGGGCUGUAAAAAUUUUAUUUAUUUGUGUGGUGGAAUGGGAGAAAUCAAAAGAAGUAUAUAAAUAUAUAUUGAAUGUUAUACAAAUAAAUAGAUAUGUUUAUAUAGUUAUAGAAUAUUGUUUAUUUUCAAAUUAUAUUUUAUUUAUGUUAAUAAAGACAAGUUCUGUUCUUUU